AUGUCAGAGCUUGACCAAAAUGAUUGGGAUGGCAACAGAGUUGAGAAUGAAAGCAGGAGCGGCCAUGAGAUUGUGAUGGAGUCAAUAGAUACACCAUGUUCCCAUACCAUGUUCCCAUACCAUGCUCCCAUACCAUGUUCCCAUACCAUGUUCCCAUACCAUGUUCCCAUACCAUGUUCACAUACCAUGUUCCCAUACCAUGUUCCCAUACCAUGUUCCCAUACCAUGUUCCCAUACCAUGUGCCCAUACCAUGUUCCCAUACCAUGUUCCCAUACCAUGUUCCCAUACCAUGUUCCUAUGCAUGCCAUGUUCCCAUGCCAUGUUCCCAUGCCAUGUUCCCAUGCCAUGUUCCCAUGCCAUGUUCCCAUGCCAUGUUCCCAUCUCAUGUUCCCAUCUCAUGUUCCCAUGCCAUGUUCCCAUGCCAUGUUCCCAUGCCAUGUUCCCAUGCCAUGUUCCCAUCUCAUGUUCCCAUCUCAUGUUCCCAUGCCAUGUUCCCAUGCCAUGUUCCCAUCUCAUUGCCAUGUUCCCGUGCCAUGUUCCCAUGCCAUGUACCCGUGCCAUGUUCCCGUGCCAUGUUCCCGUGCCAUGUUCCCGUGCCAUGUUCCCGUGCCAUGUUCCCUUCCCAUGUUCCCGUGCCAUGUUCCCGUGCCAUGUUCCCGUGCCAUGUUCCCGUGCCAUGUUCCCGUGCCAUGUUCCCUUCCCAUGUUCCCGUGCCAUGUUCCCGUGCCAUGUUCCUGUGCCAUGUUCCCAUGCCAUGUUCCCUUCCCAUGUUCCCGUGCCAUGUUCCCGUGCCAUGUUCCCGUGCCAUGUUCCCGUGCCAUGUUCCCGUGCCAUGUUCCCAUGCCAUGUUCCCAUGCCAUGUUCCCAUGCCAUGUUCCCAUGCCAUGUUCCCAUGCCAUGUUCCCAUGCCAUGUUCCCAUGCCAUGUUCCCAUGCCAUGUUCCCAUGCCAUGUUCCCAUGCCAUGUUCCCAUGCCAUGUUCCCGUGCCAUGUUCCAUGCCAUGUUCCCACCCACUAUCGUCAGGGUGGGGCUAA